AUUAUUUCCUUUAUUUUAUAUCAGCAACAACUUUCCUCCUCUAUAAUCCUUACCCUAAACUAUAGCUUUGAUUCCCUAUUUUAGUUAACAAACAGUCUCCCUAGGAACAAAUUCUCUGGUGGUAGGCCUGGAAGCUGAUUUCAGUCUUCAAGGAAUCAUAAAUUCAUUAGGAUCCUUCUUUAUUCAUAUUGCUCAUAAGUAAUUCUAACAGGAACAAGGAAAAAUAGAGUACAAAACCAUCAUUUGGGGUAAAUUUAAUGAUAAUUCCUGUAUUAGAAAUCAUUGGAACAACACGUAGAAUGAGAAACGUGCCAUAGCAAUGGCACAAGUCAUAAAAAACUCUUCCAGGAUUAGUAGGUUGAGGAUAGGAAAAUUGGGAGUAGAGCUAGACUUGUUGCCCAUAACAAGGCAUGUGGGAGGGAACCUCAAAAUGGUAAUAGGUGAAUAAAAGCUGGAGACUUUUCUGGAAUCCUUAUGGAGAGUAUGUCCUUAGGAAGGAAGUUGCUUGAUGUCCUGAAAAUUCUGGGUGCUUUUCCCCUUGCUAGUAUUGUUGUUCUUCAAUUUUUGCUCUCAAAGAGGACCAAUGACAUCACCCAGUGAUGUCUUGACUUGCACAUCAAUUGGAUAUCAGCAGAGCUGAGCAGUCUUCAGAGUCACUCCCCCUCAGUCAUCAAAGUCCAGUAGCAGGAUAAAAGUCAAGAUGAUUUGAUCCCAAGAUGCAGUGGAUGACUUAAGUGGAGGAAAAGAGGAGACUGCGGCUUACAUUCCAGUCCGGUGACCUCACGGGCUUCUGUCCAGAGUCUCAACCUCUUCCCUGGCGGUAGAACUCCUCCACUUUCAAAAGCUUGAGGGCGUGCCCCCCCCCCCCCUCCCACCGCUACCUCCCCGACAGGUGGGCGUUCCACGGGGGCGGGACUUCGGCUCCAAGGUUCCAAGGAGGUGGGGCCGAGCCCCGGGCGCUGACGUCCCUCAGGGGUCUAAGGAAGAACAGCAGCGCUGGGUCCGCUCUGAAGCUCUCCAGCUCCGGUGCUUGUAGCAGCGGCUGCCCCAGCCCGGGACUGGUUGCUGGGCUGCCGCGGGAAGAUGCGCGCCUGGGGCCCGGCGUGGCUGCUGGGGUGCGCAGCCCUACUAGCCGCUGCUGUCGCCUCUUCCUCCUCCUCCGCUGUCUUGCCUCCAGGAUCUAACAGAAGCAAAGGGAGAAGUUUUAUUGGUCAUAAGAACCCCUCACCAAAUAUCUCAUCCAGUGGGAAGGGAGAAGUUUUGCCGGAGCCAGGAUUCUCUGUGGAUGCAUUUUCUACUGAGAUUCUCACUGGAGGACUGACCACUGUCUUCCUUCCAAUUGUCUAUACAAUUGUAUUUAUCAUUGGCUUGCCAAGCAAUGGCAUGGCUCUGUGGGUUUUCCUUUUUCGAACACAGAAGAAAAACCCUGCUGUGAUCUACAUGGCCAAUUUAGCCUUGGCAGAUCUCUUAUCUGUAAUCUGGUUUCCCUUGAAGAUUGCUUAUCAUUUAAAUGGCAACAACUGGAUUUAUGGGGAAGCUUUGUGCAAGGUGUUGAUUGGUUUUUUCUAUGGCAACAUGUACUGUUCCAUUCUUUUCAUGACUUGCCUCAGUGUGCAGAGAUACUGGGUUAUCAUGAAUCCCAUUGUGCGCUCCAGGAAGUUGUCUAACAUUGCCAUAGGGGUUUCCAUUGGAAUAUGGCUGCUGAUUCUGCUGGUAACCAUUCCCCUAUAUGUCGUGAAACAAACUGUCUAUAUUCCAGACCUUAACAUCACAACCUGCCAUGAUGUUUUGCCUGCUAAUGUGCUGGCGGGAGAUAUGUUCAAUUAUUUCCUCUCUCUGGCCAUUGGGGUCUUCCUGUUCCCAGCUUGUCUCACGGCCUCUGUCUACAUCCUAAUGAUCCGGACACUCAAUUCUUCUGCUAUGGAUGACUCUGGAAGGAAGAGGAGAAGAGCCAUCAAACUCAUCAUCACCGUACUGGCCAUGUACCUGAUUUGUUUCACUCCCAGUAAUGUUUUACUUGUGGUGCAUUAUUUCCUGAUUAGAACCAGAAGCCAGAGCCAGAUCUAUGCUCUGUACAUGGUAGCUCUCUGUCUCUCUACUCUUAACAGCUGUAUCGAUCCAUUUGUUUAUUACUUUGUUUCUCAAGAUUUUAGGGAUCAUGCCAAGAACACUCUUCUUUGUCGAAGUGUUCGGACUGUGAAUAGAAUGCAAGUGUCCCUCACUUCCAAGAAAUUAUCUCGGAAAUCCAGCUCCUAUUCCUCUAGUUCAACCAGUGUUAAGGCUUCUUACUAAUACACCUUUCAUAUCACAUAAAGUAUACUAUACGUUUCAGAAGUGUCUUCCCAUCACAUUCUAUGAUCAGCAGAGAUCAUACUGCAGUUCAGAUGGAGUUUCACACCCAGCGUUUCUAAGUGUUCCCACAUAAAGAAUGGGCUUUCAGUUUAAAUAGACACUUCAUGAUAUGGUAGACACAGGACCUGCUUUUGAAUCUGUCCUAUCACUUAAAAUGUAUGAUUUUUAGGCACGUCAUUAAACCUCUUCUGGCCCUUCAUUUCCUCAUUUAUAAAAUGAGACAACUGGACUAAAUGGUUGCUAUGGUCUCUUCCAGCUCCAAAACAGUGGUUCUAUAUUUUUCCUUUGUAUGCUUCCUUUGCUUAGCCUUCUAACAGCAAUUGUUGAUUUUGAGGGAGAGAAAAAAAAAGGCUAAAAUAUGUAUUUGUAGAUGGCAUCAAAUCAAGUGAUACUGCAUGCUGGAAGUAACUGAUUAUCUAGUUACCUAAAAAUGUAUUCCUUUGCUUUCUGAAUGUUGAUUUUGGAAUUUUAGAGCUGGAAGCUACUUCUUAAUUGACUUUCCCUAAAAUGUUAUCUUAGAAUUAUAGAAAAAAAUCUUAGGGAUCACCUAAUCCAACUCCUUUGUUUCAUAGAUAUCAAAAAUGAGGUCCCAGAGAAAGGAAUUGAUUUUACAAGGUCACCCGACCAGUCAAACGAUUAGGACUACUACUCAGAUUUCCUGGUUCCUAAGCCAGGGUGUCUUUUUUGUCGCCUUGAUGGAUGAUGACAUAAGGACCUGAAUUAAAUUCUUCCUCCUUCACUUUCUCCUUGUGUAACUCCAAGAAAGUCAUUUCAUUUCCUUAGGCCCCAAAUUUUCCAUUGUAAAAUGAUGGUGGUAUACUAUAUGUUCCCCUUCCUAACUCUAUGCUCUGUUUCCAGGGAUUCACUGGUAAAUGUUGAACAAAUGACUCAUUGAAACCAUGUGACACGGUUUAAUCAGUAUUACUGACAUUUUCUCAAUCAGUUUCUGGUAUGGACAAUCAAUGAAAUAAUAAAUCAAGCCAUAAUUUGUAGUGUUUGCCAAUUUCAAGAUGCAAAUGGCGCACAGCUCUUAUGAGCUGAUACAAACUGGCUCAAGUGCAUCCCUGUAUAAUUAAUUCCAUGUGUUUUCUUUUAAUUGGUCUUUUAUUUUUACCAUUAUUAUUCAUAAAGAAAAAGACCGUAAUGAUUUUAAUCUGUAAAUAGCCAUUAACAUAAUUUUUACAUAACUUUAAAAGCAUAUUUCAGGUAUACAUGACAAGAAUUUUUUUCCCUGUAAAUAAGAAACCACAGUUGCACUUAAGAGUUUUUAAAAUUCAUGUUGCAGUAUUUAUUAUCAAAUUUUUCAUUAUUGUCAAAAAUUAAAUUAUAAUAGCCUGAUGAGGUUAUUCUUCAUAGAAAGAGAGAAUGAAUAACAGCAGGCAUUUGUUAAGCACCUCCUAUGUUGUAGGUGCUUAAUGACUAAAAGGAAGUAGACCUUGUUGGGAAGGACCUUACAUUCUGCUGGGUGAGGUGCCACAUUGUACAGUUAUGUUUCAUUAUUUGAGAUGUUAUUGAUUGUAUAUACUUGUAUAGUUCCUUCUAUUAUAAAUAUGCCUAGAAAUUGACUUUUUUAUAGGACCAUUUGAUGACUGUUUUUCAUAACUGUGUAUUUUACACUAUAAUCUCUUGUAAAUAAAACAGCUUGUUUUAUAUAACCU